AUGGAAAAAUAUUUCAAACCGCCAGAACCCCUAAAUCUAGAUGGGAAUAUAGCGGAAAACUGGCGUAAGUUUCAGCAGAAGUUUGAAAACUUCAUGAAAGCAUGUAGUCUAAACGAAGAAAGUGAAGAAAGAAAAGUAGCAGUUCUGUUGAAUUUUGUUGGCGAUGAUGCCCUCGAUCUUUUCAACACGUUUGAGCCUCUGACGAAUCAACAAAGAACACUACAAAAUGUGCUUGGACAGUUCAAAAACCACUGUGAACCAAAGAAAAAUGAGAUCUAUGAACGAUUUCUCUUCAACAGCAUUGUACAAAAGGAAGGACAGACUUUCGAUGCAUUCCUAACGGAAUUAAGAACAGCUGUAAAAUCUACUGGAUACAGUAAAGGAGAAGAGAUGGUCAGAGACAGGUUAGUUUUUGGUGUUCAUGACAAAAGCACCCAGGAAAAAUUAUUAAGAGAGCCAGAUUUAACUCUUAACAAGGCAAUUGAUAUAUGCAGAGCACGGGAAGGAAGCAAACAACAACUGAAAGUUCUACAAAAUGAAAAUUCUACAGUCAGUGCUGUGAAAACUACCCUACAAGAAUGCGGCUACUGUGGAUACAGGCAUGAGAAGAAUAAGUGUCCAGCGUUUAAAAAAACGUGUGCUAAGUGUAAAGGAAAAAAUCAUUUCGCGCGAGUUUGCAAAAGUGAAGUGAAAGAAAUGCCAAAGAAAAGUAAAAAGAAGGUGCAUGAGGUAGUGCAAGAAACCUCUAGUUCAAAUGGAAGUGAAGAUGAAUUCUUUAUUAGUUCGGUGAAGAAGAAAGAAGGUUCAUCGAGGAAGCUAGGUAAAGAAAGAAGUUGGAUGAAGGCAGUAACUAUUAAUGAUAAGAUGAUAGAAUUUAAGUUGGAUACAGGUGCCGAAGUAUCAAUUAUACCACAUAAUAUGCUAAAGUUAAUUGAUGUUGAGAAAAUAAGUAAAACUAAUAUUUCAUUAAUAUCAUACGGAAGUUCUAAAUUCAAAUUAGAGACAAUAGGUGAAAUUGAACUUACCUGUAAAGUAGGGAAUAUGAGUAGCAAAGUCAUGUUUGUAGUUGUGAAUGCGGAAAAUCAAGUACCUCUUCUAGGUCUGCAGGAUUGUAUUAAGUUAAAUUUAGUGAAGCGAGUAGAUCAAAUUAGAUGUGAUGAAUCAAUAGAGUACAAACCUAUGGAAAGUGUUGAUGACAUGGUUAAACAAUUUCCGAGAGUUUUUGAAGGCCUUGGUAAAUUUCCGACCAAACAUCACAUUUCUCUCAAAGAAAAUGCAAUACCUAAAAUAAUACCUAUAAGAAGAAUUCCUAGAACGUUAAAUAAUCGCUUAAAAGAAAAACUUGACGAAUUAGAGAUAAAAGGUAUAGUAAAGAAGGUAGAUAAACCUACUGAUUGGUUGAAUGCUCUAGUCACAGUAGAAAAAGUUAACGGAGACAUGCGGUUGUGUUUAGAUCCGAAAUAUUUGAAUGAAGCGAUAAGAAAAGAACAUUUUUUGAUACCAUCAGUAGAUGAAAUAAGUUCAAAAUUAUCAAGGAAAAAAUUCUUUAGGCCGGCCAUCCACGUACAGUUGAAACUGUCAGUUUCGACUGAACAGUUAAAACUGUCAGUUUCAACUGUGAACUGA